UGUGUCGCAUUCUAUAUAGCUCUUCCUAGCUCGUCUCGUGUUCUCUCUUUCUCUCUUGCGGAGCCAUGGCUGCUUCAACGUCCCUCGUUGGAAGUGCCUUCACUCAAUUUCCUCCUUCAUUUCACUCCAGAGAUGAUGCUCCUUCCAAUUCGAAAUCCACCUCAAAUUGCUGUCGUUUCCCCACUCGAUUGCGGAAUAACCGAUCAUCGUUACUUACAACUCCUGUUUCUUCUUCUACUUCGCUUCGUUUCUCUUCCAGAAGGGCUUCACAUUAUGCUGCUAAAGGUGGACUGAGUUUCCGAAGGAAGAAUGAUGGUGCUUGGAAGCAGUAUACCUCCAUGCUCGGUGAGCCAGUGACAGAAGGACUUUCAUCCCCACAGUAUCACUUAACUUCUUGCUGUCUUGCCGGAAAUAGUCGAGCAGCCAAUCUUAGAAGAUUUGUUCCCAGAGUCUUUGUUGAUAAAUCCACUUCCCCAUUGUUUAAGAAUAAACUCGGUCAUGCCCUUGUAAGUAAGGUUCAAAUUCCUCAUGCUACUGUUGGUCCAGAUGAGCCACAUGCAGCAAGUACAGCCUGGCCAGAUGGCGUUACUGAGAAACAAGAUUUAGGCAUAUUGGAUUCUGAGCUUGAGCAGAUACAAGCAUUUUUGAGUUCUGAACUUCCAUCUCAUCCAAAGUUGCAUCGAGGUCAACUGAAGAAUGGGCUGCGCUACCUGAUUCUGCCGAAUAAGGUUCCGCCAAAAAGGUUUGAAGCACACUUGGAAGUUCACGUAGGCUCAAUUGAUGAAGAAGAUGAUGAGCAAGGCAUUGCACAUAUGAUUGAGCAUGUUGCUUUCCUUGGAAGUAAAAAACGUGAGAAGCUUCUGGGGACAGGAGCACGUUCUAAUGCUUACACUGAUUUCCACCACACAGUAUUUCAUAUCCAUGCUCCUACCAGUACCAAGGAUUCUGAAGAUGAUCUACUUCCAUCUGUGCUGGAUGCCUUGGAUGAGAUAGCAUUCCAUCCGAAGUUCCUUGCUUCUAGAAUUGAAAAGGAACGACGUGCUAUACUCUCAGAGCUUCAAAUGAUGAAUACAAUAGAGUAUCGGGUUGAUUGCCAGUUAUUGCAGCAUCUGCAUUCUGAAAACAAGCUGAGCAAAAGGUUUCCAAUUGGAUUAGAAGAACAGAUAAAGAAAUGGGAUGCAGACAAAAUAAGGAAAUUUCAUGAGCGUUGGUAUUUCCCUGCUAAUGCUACUUUGUACAUUGUGGGGGAUAUUGAUCACAUCUCAAAGACAGUUCAUCAUAUUGAAGCUGUUUUUGGACAAACUGGUGUGGACAAUGAGAAGGCUUCUGCGGCCACUCCAAGUGCAUUUGGUGCAAUGGCCAGUUUUCUUGUCCCUAAGCACUCUAUUGGGCUGGGUGGAAAUUCUAUUGAAAAGCCAUCAAAUUCAGUAGAUCAAUCCAAAAUUUUUCUUAAGGAAAGACAGGCAGUUCGUCCUCCAGUGAAUCAUAAUUGGUCACUUCCUGGAAUCCACACUGAUGUGAAGCCACCACAGAUAUUUCAACACGAACUACUUCAAAAUUUUUCAAUUAAUAUGUUUUGCAAGGUUCCUGUGAACAAGGUUCGAACAUAUGGUGAUUUGCGAAAUGUGUUGAUGAAAAGAAUAUUUCUAUCUGCUAUGCAUUUUCGUAUCAACACAAGAUAUAAGAGUUCAAAUCCACCGUUCACUUCAGUUGAAUUGGAUCAUAGCGAUUCUGGAAGGGAAGGAUGUACUGUGACCACCCUUACCAUAAAUGCAGAACCAAAUAAUUGGCAAAGUGCCAUUAGAGUUGCUGUUCAAGAGGUUCGGAGGCUCAAGGAAUUUGGUGUUACCCAGGGUGAAUUAACACGAUACUUGGAUGCACUUUUGAAGGAUAGCGAACACCUUGCAGCUAUGAUUGAUAAUGUACCUUCCGUUGAUAAUUUGGAUUUUAUCAUGGAAAGUGAUGCUCUUGGCCACAAAGUUAUGGAUCAGAUGCAAGGACAUGAAAGCUUACUUGCGGUUGCUGGGACAGUGACCCUUGAGGAGGUUAAUUCUGUUGGUGCAGAGGUGUUAGAGUUCAUUGCUGAUUUUGGAAAGGCUACAGCACCCCUUCCUGCAGCAAUUGUUGCUUGUGUUCCUAAGAAAGUUCAUGUUGAGGGAAUUGGUGAAACAGAAUUUAAGAUAUCCUCAAGUGAAAUUACAGAUGCUAUCAAAGCUGGAUUGGAGGAGCCUAUCGAGCCUGAGCCUGAGCUUGAGGUGCCAAAAGAAUUAAUAUCUUUGGCAAAGCUUGAAGAGUUGAAGGUGCAACGUAAGCCUGUCUUUAUUCCUGUAAGUCCCAGAACAGAUGGAACAAAAAUUCACGAUGAGGAAACAGGGAUCAUUCAACGUCGUCUUGCAAAUGGCAUUCCUGUCAACUAUAAGAUAUCAAAAACAGAGACACAAAGUGGUGUUAUGAGGUUGAUUGUUGGUGGCGGACGGGCAGCUGAAAGUCCUGAUUCUAGAGGAUCAGUGAUUGUGGGUGUUCGGACACUUAGUGAGGGGGGACGUGUAGGCAACUUUUCGAGAGAGCAGGUUGAACUUUUCUGUGUGAAUCACCUGAUAAAUUGCUCGUUGGAGUCUACAGAGGAAUUCAUAGCUAUGGAAUUUCGUUUUACUUUAAGAGAGAAUGGGAUGCGUGCAGCUUUUCAGUUGCUUCAUAUGGUGCUUGAGCAUAGCGUCUGGCUAGAUGAUGCUUUUGAUAGAGCUAGGCAAUUGUACCUGUCAUAUUACCGAUCCAUACCUAAAAGCUUGGAACGCUCAACUGCCCAUAAACUCAUGGUGGCAAUGAUGGAUGGAGAUGAGCGAUUUAUUGAGCCUACACCAAAAUCUCUAGAAAAUUUAAGUUUGCAAUGUGUUAAGGAUGCGGUGAUGAAUCAAUUUGUCGGUGAUAACAUGGAGGUAAGCAUCGUAGGGGACUUCACUGAGGAGGAAAUUGAAUCUUGUAUUCUUGAUUACCUUGGGACAGCACACUUCACCAGAGAUUGUGAAGCAGAUAAAAAAUUAAUCCCACCUGUAUUUCGGCCAUCUCCAUCUGAUGUGCAGUUUCAAGAAGUAUUCUUGAAGGACACUGAUGAGAGGGCUUGUGCAUACAUUGCUGGGCCAGCACCAAACCGUUGGGGUUUUACUGUUGAUGGAGAAGAUCUGUUAGAGUCAAUUAAUAAUACGUUAACAAGUGAUAUUGCUCAGUCUACAUCUGGUUCUCUAAAGAUGGGUGAUUUGCAAAGAAAUCUUCGUGGUCAUCCUCUUUUCUUUGGCAUAACUAUGGGGCUGAUGGCUGAGAUUAUAAAUUCUAGGCUUUUCACAACUGUUAGAGAUUCAUUGGGCUUGACUUAUGAUGUGUCAUUUGAACUAAACCUGUUCGAUAGACUUAAACUUGGAUGGUAUGUGGUAUCAGUGACGUCAACCCCAGGCAAGGUGCACAAAGCUGUUGAUGCAUGCAAAAAUGUUCUUAGAGGUCUGCAUAGUAACAAAAUUACCGAGAGGGAAUUGGACAGGGCUAAGCGGACCCUUCUUAUGAGACAUGAAGCUGAAAUUAAGUCAAAUGCCUAUUGGCUGGGAUUGAUGGCUCACUUGCAAGCUUCUUCUGUUCCAAGAAAGGACAUAUCAUGUAUCAAGGAUCUGACAUUUCUUUAUGAAGCCGCAACAAUUGAGGAUGUAUACCUUGCCUAUGAGCAGUUAAAAGUAGAUGACAAUUCUCUAUAUUCAUGCAUUGGGGUUGCUGGCGUUCAGGCCGGGCAAGAUAAUGCAGCUACUUUAGAAGAGGAAGAAGCAUCUGAUGCUUAUCCAGGAGUUAUUCCUGUUGGACGUGGUUUGUCUACAAUGACUCGGCCGACAACAUGAUUUUUCUAGAUGGUUUGUCAUGGCCUGGUUACUAUGAAAUUUGGAGGAGUCAUGUUCGGAAAUUUAAAGGAUUAGGAGCAUACAUAAUGGAGCUUGCCUCAUCGACUUUCUCACAAAUCAACUAUCAAGCUGUUUGACAUCCAAUGAUUAAUGAUUAACCCUUUUCAAGUGCAAAAAUAGCAAAGUGCCCAUAAGUAUACACUAAAAAAGCGGAUAUUUUAGGUGGUAAAAUUCUUUGACACCUUAUUUUGUUUUAAUUCCACGGGCUCCUUCUGCGCCAGUAAUUUCUGAUUGAGGAACUAUUGCCUUGUACCCAAUUCAUUUCCUCAUUUUUGGAGGUUUUUAUAUUCUUGGCCUUCAACUGAACCACCUAUAGCAUAUCAUUGCUACCCAUAAAUUUGUACGAGUUAAGAAUGGAGAGAAGAAAUAGAGAAUCCGCCACUAAGAUGUAUAGCUGCCGUAUUUUUGGCCCUUGGCCUUAUUAUUUUUAGGUACAUUUCUUUGGCCACAUCUUAGCAUGGGAAAGUGGUGUUAGCUCUACAAACUGUAAAUUGUUGUAUAACCUAUGUAACAUGAAUUUGUUAAUCUGAAAUGAAUAAUUGUCUCCUGCA